GACCCGGACGCUUAGGAUGCUCACCGCUGGUCGUCAACGCGGAAGCGCGUCUGCAGCUGCGUUAGCUCUGGGCUGGUUUGCCCAGCUCCUGACCAACAUCGACCAUGGCCCCUAAGUCUUUCCAGGAGUGUGAAGAUGAGCAGGUGUUGCCAGCUGCAGCAGGUGUAAAGCCGGACAGCAGUGACUUAGGGUCCUCAGAUGGCAUACCUAAAGACACAGCGGCUCCCUCAUGUUGCCGGGACUCUAGGUUCUACAGCAUAUCCAUACCAGUCAAGCAGCAGUUUUCCCCUGAAACCCUGGACCCACGUACCCUGAAGCUGCUGUGGGAACAGAGAGAACAAGAGAUCCAGGCACUUCGAUGGGUUCUUCAGAAAGGCCAGGAUGCCCGACACCACCAAAUCCUGCAGGAGGUGGCAGGCAUUACUCCCGGGAGGAACGCUCAAGAUAAAUUCCUGCAGGACCAGGUCCAGAAGCUUACCACGGAGCUGAAAGAACAGAAGAGACAAGCUCAGCUGGAAAAAGAGCAAUUGGAGGAGAGACUGCAGCAGAACCUUUGUACAAUGCAGCAGAUGGAGGCUGAGCUGGAGGCCUUCCAGAAGUCAUGCCUUCUACAGCUGGCCCGUUCCUCUUGGGUGGGACGCGUGCUGAAGUCUCAGACUGGCAGUGUGGAGGUGGUCACUGCCGAGGUUCUAAGUGACCCCCAGGACACUUCUGAAUGUACUGAGGCUCCCACUGCUAGGGAGGGUUUCCGGUUAGAGGAUGUAGAUUGGAACAGCAUUGCCCACCGAUAUCCCAACCUCUUCACCAGCAUGAGUCUCCAUUCAGAUCAAAAUUCCAGGAUGCCCCAAACCCACCUUUCCUCCAAAAUGGAUAGCUCAGACACAGAGUCCGUCACCAAGCAUACAGAGAAACCUGGCAAGAUCCUGGACUGGAGCACCUUGCCUUCGGCAGACACCAGCAACACGGAGGGUGCCGACUCUGACAGCAGCAGCCACCAGAUUGUUCUGCAUUCUGGAGCAAAGAAGGUGACAGACCACCCACCCCAGGGGACAGACUUAGCUUUUUCUGAGCGGAUGCAGGAAUGCCCUAGGAGCAACAGCAGUCACACAGAAGAUCUCUAUAAAAGCCACUCACCUUCGAGUAGCAAGACUGUUCUGGAGCCCUAUGAAGACCUUUACCACCAAUAUUCAAGGCCCCAGUUGAACCCACUUGGUUGCUGCUUGAAGAUUGCUUCGGUCAGCCACCGAGAGAAGUUCAUUUGCAUCCUCAACCAGUCAGAAGAAGAGACAGUCGACCUGGGCGGCUUUGUUCUGCAGCAGCUCGUGAGGGACUUCCCUGUGCGCAUGUACCGCUUCCCACCUGGUACUCUGCUAGCCCCACAGCACCACAUCACCGUAUGGGGCGAAGGAACCAGCAGGAUGAAGAAGCAGCUGCCAGGGUCUUCGGGCCAGGACCCCUUCCAAUUCCAGACCAGCCGAGGCUGCGUGACAGUACUAGUCAACCCUGAAGGCAAGGUCCUCAGUGAGCAUCAAGCUGCACCCUGUGUGACCCUGGGCUCGAAGAUCUUCACAGACAACACUGACUGGUCCAUUGACCGCUUCCCGCUCUCAGAGUUGGAGCCCAGUGUUGACCCUGGUGAACAGCAGCGUCGUCUUUCAUCUUUACACAAAGGCCGGCCAAGGGAUGCUGGGGCCAAGCGCAAGAAGCCAGGGCCAGCUGUUCGCCAGCAUCGGCUCGCCAGCACUAGUGGACUGAGGACCUCAGGAUCUCUUCGCCCCACAGAGACCCGGGGUAUCUUGCCACUGCUCAGUACCCGAAAGAUAUCCCCAGGGGAAGUUCCUGCACAGCAGGAAGGCAUGAAGACUGAGACAUCAGAGCUCUUGCCUGUGAUCCCAGAGUGUGCCUCAAGAGUGGGUCUUGAAGAUGCGUUGGGUAGGCAGGAGCACAGGGUUCAGGUGUGCCGGAAAAGCGUGGACCUGACUUGCCCCAUGGUGGCCCUGUCAGUACAGAGCACAGCCGAGAGCAGAUAUGGCUUCCGCUUCCUCUGCUACCCUCCCAUCACCCAGGAAUUGUGCCGGCGGUUGUAGGGCAGCCAGGCCAG